AUGUUUUCAACAACGUCUAGCUCCGCGACUGGUCCGGGAUCAAAGACAAUAGCAGCCAAUGCGCUCAGAAAUGCUGGCCUCAUCGACAAGGAUGCUCAGAUGCGCGACGUGAACGACAAGCCAGGAGGACGCAAGGGCGUCUCCAAGAUUCGCUCUCAUCGGAACCGACCAAUAGACGUCUUCAAGGACCAACCGGGCUCCCACAGGCUCGCAUCCCGAAUAUCAUCCUCUGCAUCGCACGCCGGACCUUCAGACCCUCUCGCGAUUCGUGGUGCUGCCCGACCAACAGCGACUGGCCGAUUACGCAGAAAUGCUGUCUCAACUGGGGGUGCUUCGACUAGUAUUGUGGGAGGGCCGCGGGUUUCGAUUGGACGCUCGAAGGCCAUUGAAUCAUGGAGGGAGGUGGUCCGAAAGCGGUGGAAUGCAGAUGCUCAGUUUCUCAAUCUGGAAUCUUUAAUUGACGACGAAUUGGUCAAGAAAUACAACCUUUCUUCACCGGGUAUUGGUGGGGGCAGCGCAAAGGAAGCAGGCGUCAUAUUCAAGCUCGCAAGCGAACUCAAACCACCAAUAAAAACGCUUUCUCUGGCCAAUAACAAGCUCGCCGGGGAACAUCUUCAAUACCUUUCCAAAUACCUACCCAAACUCGAAAACCUCUCACUACAAAACAAUAAUCUGUGUCAUUGGAAAGACUUGGACUAUAUUUCUGCACGAAAGGAUAAACUUGUGCAUCUUCGCGAGCUGGUGUUGUUAGACAAUCCUGUGCGAGACAUGGAGAUUAAGAAUGGCCGGGUUGACCGCUACAAACACGAGCUUAUCCGGCGCUUUACGUCUCUGGAGGUCUUGGACCAGGAGCCUGUCGCAAAAAUUGGAUUCGACGUACCUCAAGGCAAGACCUCUGUCCCGGUGAAGAAACCGAGCGCGACCACGUUCCCAUUUGAUAUGAACCCUCCAUUUGUCACGGGUGUCGACCCCACUCUUGUUCCCAACUUCCUAGUCCGCUUCUACAACUUGUUCGACACCCAGCGAGAAGGCCUCGUCGACGCAUACGAUCCCCGAGCGACAUUCAGUUUCUCUGUCAACACCACCAUCCCGUCCAGAGCUCGGAUUCAAGCGUUCCACCAUUCAAAGGAGAUGCCCAAUCAACGGAAGCUGGAGUGGAGCCCAUGGCUGGCUGGCGGAUCGAGGAACCUCACCCGUAUCGCGGGUGGUUUGGGAAAAACCAUCCAGUCUCUUCAUAUCGGUGGCGAGGCGGUGGUCAAGGCUAUCAAGAGCCUUCCAGGGACAAGACACGAUCUCUCAGGCCCCCCUGAGAAGUUUUGUCUCGACGCUUUCCCCGUCCCUAUCGGUCAGGAUACGGGGUUGUUGGUGACACUCCACGGACAGUUCACAGAAGUUGGCACCGAAGGGAUACGGUCAUUCGAUCGUACCUUUGUGUUAGCACCAGCGCCCGAGGGAUCUCGCGCUAGGUUAAACGGUUGGGAUGUUAUGAUUUUGUCAGAUCAAUGGACCAUUCGAAUUUAUUCUUCGCAUGAGGCAUGGAAGCCUGGCCCAAUGCUCGUUCAAGCCCUUCCAAAAUCUUCUACUUCGACGUCAUCUUCAAUUCCGUCAUCUCAACCGAUCAUACCACCCCAACACCCACAUUCGCAGCUUGCUGCGUCCUUAGCCCCGGAGCAUCAGUCAGCGCUAGGGAUGAUUCCUGAACCUCAAAGGAGUGCUGUGCUGGAUCUCAUGGCGCGGACAAACUUGAACGUCAAGUUUGCUUUCGACUGCCUCUCGAAUAACGAGUGGAAUAUGGACAGGGCGAUUGCAAACUUUGAUGCAGUCAAGGCUACUUUGGGCAGGGACGCGUACCUGUGACAUUGACCGUGGACCCUUCAUUCCCGUUUGCAUUCGCAGAAAGCCGCUCAUCCCCGAGAUCCGCUUCUGUUCCUCGUUCUACGGACUAGGAUCAUCGCCAUAUUUUCCUGUUUAUACUAGCAUAUCUUCGUCUUAGUGUCUUCAUGUUUUCUAUGGUGAACUCGUUGAUUUGUACGAUGUAAUACUUAUAUACGAUGUUCUGGUCUCACACAAUGCAUAUCACCACACCUCUCCUGC